AUGAAUAUUAUCAUUAUCGACAAAAACAUGGGUGAAAAAUAUAUUGAUUUUAUUACCAAUCUAUAUUAAGAAGGAUUAUAAUAGAAUGAAAUGAAGAUUCCAGAUUAUAUGCAAUAUCAUAUUUAUUAAGAGUAAAUUUGAAAUUGAUCAGAUUUAAAACUAAGUCUAUGGUUGUUAUAUUAGAUUGCAAAUUGUUACUUUAGAAAUCUUCUGAAUCAAAAGAAUACAAAUUCAUUGAAUUUAUGGUUGAUGAUAAAAGAAUAUUUGUUCAUUUGAAUCCUCUAAAAUAAUAUGAUAAUAAAGGAGAUCCAAAACUUGAUGAAUAUUAGUAUUAAACUUAUAUUCUAUUAAAAGUUAUUAGAGAAGAAAAUAGUAUCCUCAUGAAUUAUUUGAUGAAAGUUAGAGUUAACAUUCAGAAUGGCAUAAAUAAUUUGAAUAUAAAUAUAAUUAUGAAAAGUGAACAUUAAUCAUUAUUAUCUACAAAAAGAGAGGAAUUUCGAUUUUCAAUUAGAAAAGAGAGGUUAGAAGAUAUAUUCAACCAAAACCGAAAAAGAUGUUGUGUUAAUAAUGAAGUUGAUCCCUUAAUUGAGAUUCCAAGUUUUUCUUAAUCAUAAGAACUUCACAAAUAUCUAAUUGAUGAUGAUGAUAAUAGUUAAUAGAAAUUAAUGAAAGCUGCAAAUGAUAAAUAAUUAUUAAAUAAAUUAUUUCUUAGUGCAUAAACAUCAGAUUAUUAUUCAAUAACAAUUUUGAGUAAUAUUUGUACAAAAAAGAAUCUUGCAGAAUGUGAAGUACUAUUUCUAAAUUAAUUAAAAUUGGCAAAAUAAAGAAUGGAUAUUAGAAUGAUUGAUAAUGUAAUAAUACAUUCCAAAUCAUUUAGUUAUUUGAUGCCCUUAAUAGUGUAUGUUCAUAAGAAUUAACAAGAAAAUAAUUAGAAUACUUAUUAAAUAAUAAUCUUAUAACUAUAAUAAAUUAAAUAAUAAAAGAAAAUCUAAGAGAUAUCUAUACUGAUAUAGAAUUUAAGAUGAUAAAAAGUGGAACUGAAUUAUUUUGUAGAUUCUUUAAUUAAUUUAGAAUAUUUACUGAAGAAGAAUUAGAUUUAAUUAUAUAAAAAUAUAUACCAGAAGUAUUAAAUCAUAAUUAUUAUUAUUAUUAUAGAUUAGAUAUACAUUUUAUUUAAUGAAAUAAUUACUACCACUUUAAUUAAAAUAUCCAAAAGUCACUUUUAUGUUUAUUAAAAAUCUCAUUUAAAUUAUAUCAUUAGAUCCUGAUAUAUCUAAUGAUUUAGAUAAUACAACAAUUUAAAUUUGUGUUUAAUUAUUAGAAUAUAGUGAAAAUUAAAUAUUAAUAUCAACUAUCUUAAGAUUUAUGAUUGGUAUUAGUGCAUUCAAAGAUGAAAAAUUUGUUUAAAGAAUCUUUUUCUUAAAAGGACAUGACACAAUUAAAUAAUAUAUUAAUCAUGAUAAUGUAAUUAUAAGAUAAGCAUCCAUCAAAUUACUUGCUAAUUUUACUAAUGUAGAUUCUGAAAAUUUAUAAAAAGAGAUUGUAUCAGAUCUUCCUUUCAUAGCAGAAGUUGUUUAAAACUUUUAGAAUUUAGAUAAGACAGAUUCAAAUUACUUAAGACUAAUUUAUGGAAUCAUAUCAAAUUGUUUGACAUAUACAUCAACAGAAUUGAUAUAAGAUUUAAGAGUAUUUUAAAUACUUAAAAUUAAAUUUCUAUUAGAUGAACCAGAAGAAAUUGAAAAUAUAAUUAUCUAUUUAAAUAUACUCUACACUUUAAUUUACUAUUACUAAGCUUAUUGUAUAGAUGAUACUGAAUUAGAAUUAAAAUUAGAGACUCUAUUAAAUCAUUAAAAUGAAGAUAUAGUAAAACUUGCUGAAGAAAUACUUAAUUUAAUUGAUUAAAAAAAAGAACAAUGUAUGAAUGAAUGA